UAUAACAUUUUCCCAUAAUUAACGAAAUUUUGGUUCUAACUUUAGAGUGUUGUUUAUUUAUUUUUUUUAUUAUUAACUUCUGUGAUUAAACAUAACAUAGUGGUGGUUCUAACCUUUUAAUUUUUCAAACUUACCAUCCAAGUUCCAGAGAAGAUUUUCCAAAGUUUUUUUUCCCCGUGAAAAGUGUGUUGUGAAUGAGGCACGUUUUCAAUUUUAUAAUGUGAAAGGUGGCUUUUCAAUGUAAUGGAGGUGUGGCCCGCCCCAGCACACAGUAAUAACAGCAUACAUUUUAGUGUGGCGGGCAACGCAUCGGUAACAAACAAUAAUAAUUCAACAAACAACAAUCGAAGCUCUACAACAUCACCCAGUGUGGUCGGUGGUAGCUGCAGUACCCAAUCUGCAACAAUGGUUACUUUAGACAAAGCAUCAACACCAAAUAAUAAUGGAGGAUUCACUAGUAGUAACACGGACACAAGCAAUUCAAAUAGUGCACAUGAUCAAGCACAAUUUGAGGCAGAUAAACGAGCAGUUUAUAAACAUCCAUUAUUUCCAUUAUUGGCAUUACUGUUUGAACGAUGUGAAUUAGCAACACAAUCAUCGGAAGCGCAAAGUAGUGAUUCGUUUAAUUUAGAUAUACAAGCGUUUGUGCAGCAUCAAGAACGUGAUCGUAAACCAUUUUUAACAAAUGAUCCCGAAAUUGAUGGACUGAUGAUUAAAGCAAUUCAGGUAUUGAGAAUUCAUUUAUUGGAAUUAGAAAAAGUUCAAGAAUUAUGUAAAGAUUUUUGUAAUCGUUAUAUAACAUGUUUAAAAGGCAAAAUGCAAUCGGAAAAUUUAUUACGAUCAGAUUACAAUCAAGGAAUUGGAGGUAUUGGAAGUUUAGAAAAUAAUAACAACAUGAUGAAUCAUUCUGAGAGUGGUUCAAAUUCAAAUAGUCCUAUACAAUCGUAUGCCAUUAGUCCAAAUCAACAAAUGUUACCAGCUCAAAGUAACAACGAACUAAGUGACGGUCCAUAUGUAUCUGAUGCCCAAAGCUUAAUGCAUUCAAAUGCCUCAAAUGAUAACAGCUUACAUUUACCACCAACGACAGCUGGUGCAAUGAAUAUGUCCACAAAUGUUUUCCCGCCACAAGCACAUGUACAAAAUCCACCAGGAGCGUAUCCAGCAUCCGUUGCCAAUAGUCAAACACCACCUACAGUUCCCCCACCAAUAUAUGAUAAUCAUAUUAUACAUGGUAGUACACCAUUAGGACAAAUUGGUGUUAGUGUAUGUCCAAUACCUUCAGAAAGUAGUCUAUUAUCGGGUCAAUUAUCACCAGCACCAACUACACCAGGUGGUUCAGCGGAUGACUGUGAUAGUGAUUUUACAAGUCGUGCUAGUUCUGGUACACAUUCUAGUAGUCGUAAACAAAAACGUGGUGUUCUUCCAAAGCAUGCAACAAGUGUAAUGCGAUCAUGGCUCUUCCAACAUUUAGUUCAUCCUUAUCCUACAGAAGAUGAAAAACGAAAUAUAGCUGCACAAACGAAUCUAACCCUACUCCAAGUAAAUAAUUGGUUUAUAAAUGCAAGACGACGUAUCUUACAACCCAUGUUAGAUGCAAGUGUUCCUGGUGAUAAUACAAAUGCGCAAGUAAAAGUUUCAGGUUCAAGUCAAAAUAACAAGAAAAAACAUAACAUCAAUUCCAGUAAGAGAUUUUGGCCAGAUAAUUUAGCAAGUUUGCAACCAAAUGCCGGUGUAUUAUCAAGUUCCGACGAUGAUUGUGAUUCAUAUAGUUCCGAUGGUGAUGAAGGUAAUUUAGUAAUUGAUGCUAGCAGUCAAGGUGCAAAUCCACAAGAUUUACAUAAUCGAAACCAAUCAACCGUACCUCCUCCAAUUAUUGAGCCAUCCACGACAGCUGGAGCAGCGUAUUCAAAUCAUAGCUCUGAAUCUGAACAUCAGUAGUAAGUCAAUUCUUAAAAUUUAAAAAGCAAAAGGUCGAAUUAAAACUCUAAUUUUUAAUUUACAUUUAAAACCAUUUUCGGUUUAUUGAAAACUUGUAUACGUAAUAUAUACC